CUCAAUAAUUGAUGUCGAUUGUCAAUGCUCAUGCUCAAUGCUUAUUCCAUUAUUCCACCUCCCUUAUUUCUCGUUAAGAAGUGUACGUUGAAAAAGCGUUGUUUUUAUGAAAUUUCGAAAAUGAUAAGAUCAAAUAAAUGUUGAUGCAAAGUCUAUACGCUUCUUAAAAUUUAUUUUCGUUCCUAGUCUCAAUUACUUGUGGAAUACUUCGCCUAGAAUAUUUUCAUGUAUUAUUGUUUUGAAAUUUGCAAGUACUAGUUGCUAACUGAUUAUUAUGUUGUGAAUAUCGAGGAAAAAUGGAUUCAAUGUUCAAGAAUAGGAAUAGACGUGGGCAAUUUGAAGCUGGCCCAUCUUAUGAAUCGAGAAAUAAUCAGGGUUAUCGGAAUCCACCCUCCUUUGAAAGGAGAUUUCCUAGGGAUCCUGAAUAUCAAACUAAAAGGACUACGCAGGCCUCAAAAUGGCAUGAUAAAGAAGGACGGCAGCCUAAGGGAAAUUAUCGUUUAUCAAGAUCCAAUUCAGGUUCUUCAGAGUCAUCUUCGCUUCGUCUAACUGAAUCUACCAAGUUUAAGAAUUAUGUUUGUCCUAACUGCAAACUUCCUUACAAUUAUAUCAUAAACAGUAAUUCUCUAACUGGAAAAGUUCCACGAAUUUUACCAUGUAAACAUACAAUAUGUGAAGAGUGUAUCAAGAAAAGCAUACAAACCAAAAAUCACGUACAAUGCACAAUAUGUUUGAAUACCGAAUUUGACAAAAAUCACUUCUAUGAAUAUAAUCAUUACAUUCUAGGGCAAAUAACAUGUUCUAGAUUCAAUAAAGCUGUAAUGGAUUUUCCAAAUAUUGUACUAACAUCAGAUUCUAAAAAUCGAACAAGUUCGGAAAAUAAAAAGUUGGCUAUUACUUCACACACCAAUGAAAAAUGUGGUUUCACAAGUUGUAUGAAUUCAGGAACAAUUUCAUGUACAGAAUGUCGUGGAGUAUACUGUGAAAAUUGUGAUGAUGCCCUUCAUAAGAGUGGCAAACAGUUGCAGUCUCACAAAAGAGUUCUGUUACAAAAUGCCCCUUUAGUACUUCAAAGAUGUCCAGAUCAUUCUAUUGAUGAAGAAUUAUUUUGUAAUGAUUGUGGUGUAAAUUGUUGUUGUUACUGCAUUCUGGAGAAGCAUGAAGGUCAUUCUCGAAGUUAUCUAAGUCGUCUCAAUGAUGAGGAAGAAGUUGCACUGAAAAAUGCUUAUGAAAACGCCAAAAUAAAGAAGCAACAACUAUUGGUUUCUUCUUGGAAGGUUUCAAAAAUGGAACAAACUAAUAUGAUGUCUGACCUGGAGAUUGAAAUUGCUCAACAAUUCGCAGACAUUCAUGCUCAGCUUUAUUUUAUGGAAAAAAAUUUGUACCAACAAGCAAAACAGAUGCAAGACAGCCAUUUCUGCCUGGCGGGUUUGACUGAAACUAUCAAUUCAAAUAUUCAAACCAUAGAUAAAUUGAUAAAUUAUGUAGAAGAACGUAAGACUGUCAAGUACAACAUGAAAAUGUUGUUGUAUAAACUCAAAGAUAUGGAAAACUUGCCGACAAUUCUCAUUUCAAGUGAAACUGUUGAAAAACCCAAAUUAGUUAUUGAUGAUACUGUUAAGGAUUUAGAGAAAUAUGUCAUGCUUGAAAUUCCGGACACAGUCACUUUUGAAUUGAUUAACACUGACGAAGUGCCAAAGGAGUACCAAGAAGAAGAAAUGAAGCAAGCCAAGAUUGAAAUAGAAGCUCAAUCUUCUCGAUCCAAAAGUUCAAUUAACACUGAAAUCUCUAAUAAUUCAAGGUCUAGGCAAAAUUAUGAAGUGAGAGAUAAUGAUUUCUUUAGAAGACAAGCAGUGUAUGUAACACACAUAAAUUCUUUGGACUCGUUUUAUGUUCAGCUCAAAGAAAAUGAUAACAGAUUCAAACAAAUGGAGCAAGAAAUAAGAAAUCACAUUAGUACAAUGCUAUUAGGGGUGGGAGAAGUGCAUAUGAAAGAACUUUACUUAGCAAAAGGAAUUGGCGAUAAAAACAAGUGGUGUCGAGUAAGAGUCAUGGAAAAAAUUGGGGAAAAAUAUAAGGCGAAGUUUAUAGAUUUUGGAUAUUCAUCGAUUGUCACUAAGGAUGAAUUGAUAUAUAUAUCUUCAAGUCUUGCUAGUAAAAAACCAUUUGCUUAUGAGUGUAGACUGGACAAUCCUUCUCAUUUCCAAUGGCCUAAAGAUACACAUCUAGAACUGGCAAAGUUCCUAGAUAUUAAUAAAGAAUUAGAUAUGGAAACUAAAGAAUUUUCGAACAAUAUCAGAACAGUUGUUCUAAAUAUAAACACUUCGAUAGGAGGCUCAUGUUCAGUUACUGAAUUACUUAUAUUUGGCUGUGAUGCUUUGAGAAAAGGUACCAAAAUCCCUGAGCCUAUGAAAGAAAACCUCAAUUCGAACAAAAUACAUGAUAAUAGCGAUGUUUACAUAGUAAACAAUUCAUAUGAUGUUUUUCUAAGAUAUGUGUUUGAUCCAUGGCAUAUAUACAUUCAAAAAUCAAAUUAUGAAAAAUCAUUCAACAAUUUGAUCAAACAAAUGACUGGUUACUACAGUAAGACUCAAUGUGAUAUUCAUCUUCCAAUUAAAAAUAGCUAUGUUGUUGUAAAUUAUCGCACUAAAUAUUUUGGUGAAUGGCACAGGGCAAAGAUUUUAGAAGUUAUCACCAAGAAAAGAAUUGUCAAUGUAUAUUUAGUGGAUAUUGGAGAAUAUAUAAAUGUACUGUGGAAAGAUAUAAGAAAACUUUUUGAAGGUUUCAAGAAAUCAGAAUGCUUUGUUGUUUGUGCUAAGUUGGCUGAUGUUGCUCCUCUAACUAAUAAUGACUGGACUAUAACUGAUGAAGUCGCUAUUAGACAAUUCUUUGAGAGUUUUUUAAAGAGAAAUGUAAAAAUGAAGAUAUUAGUGAGUCACAAUGAUCCUUUAGAAGUAGUUUUAUUUAAACCUGAAGAAACGUUUGAUGUGAAUCUAAAUGCAGAACUAGUGGAGAACAAUUUCGCUUUAUCCUCAGGAAAAUUAACAGAUACAAAAAUAUGGCUUCACAACGAAGAAUAUGAAAAAAAAGAAGAGAAUAAUUUCUUAUUUUUCAAAGAUGAUACAGAUGAUGAAGAUUGUGAUACUGAAAUGCGUGGUCCCAUACAGCAGGUAGAAAUCAUACAUUUCGAAAAUCCAGAUUCAUUUUUUGUCUCGUUCGUUUCCAAAAAAGCAAGUGCUGAAAAACUGCAUGAAGAAAUGCAAAUUCAUUAUAAAUCAUUGAAGCACCAUCCUCAAGAAAGAAAUUGGAAGGUCAAUGAUAAAGCUGUGAUAUUCGAUGAAUCUGAUAAGAUGUAUUAUCGGGGCAUAAUACGUGUGAUAGAUGGAAAUGAACACUGUGUACAUUUUCUAGACAAACCUGGAUAUUUAUGGGUUGGUACUGAAAAACUAAGAAUCAUCCAACCUUACUUUAUGAAAAAUUUUCCCAACACUGUCUUUAGAUGCCACUUAGUAAAUAUUAAGCCAGCUGGUGAUAGUAACAAAUGGAGUAAUUUAUCUGUUGAAUGGUUCCAAAUGUUGUUUAAAAAACAUCAAGACAUUUUUAUAAAGAAAAUUGCUGAUGAUGAAUCGAAAUCGUCUAUGCCUGUAACUAUUUGGUAUUCUAAAAUUAUACAAGGAAGUGCCUUAGAGCCUUCAUAUCGUAAGUACAUUUCUAUUGAUAAGAAAGUUGUCGAAGCUGGGUUAGCUUUUUGGGUCCCCAAUGCAGUACCCCCAGAACCCAGUCUCCCUGAUAAAGAAGAAACCACUACUGGCAGUGAACCGGAUUCAGAAUCAACUACUACCACAUGUGAUGAAUGUGAUCAUAAGUCGUCUGAUACUGAAACAACUGACUCAGAAGCAACAGUUAUUCCCAAAAUAGGGGAAGUAAAGUUCAUUGAUGUCAAACAUUGGUUAUCACCUUCCAAAUUCACUAGGAGAGAAUUUUUUGCUUAUGUUACAUGUGCAGAAAAUGAAGGAUAUCUCUACAUUCGAGAGGAAGAAUUGCAAAAAAGUUACGAGGAUAUGCAGCAGAAGAUAACGAAGCAUUUCGAUAAUAUACCAUUUUCUCCUUUUGUACUGAGGGAGGAUCAGAUGGUGACAGUUCGUAGUGAAGGAUUUUGGUACCGAGGGGUUGUUUUAUCUGUGAUUAAUAAAAAAACAGCUAAAAUAAUGAUGGUUGAUUUUGGUAGUGAUCAUAUUGUUGAAAUAAAUGAUCUGCGUAAUAAAAUAAUGUACCCCAAAAUACCAAUCAUGGUCUCUAAAAUAAAAUUAUACGAUAUUCACUCAAAAAAUAAAGGAUGGACUCUUUCUGAAAUUGAGACUCUCCUCAGCACAGCACCUCCAUAUGGAAAAAUUGUAAUGAGAAGUAGUCUGAGUGAUGCAAUACCCUUAGCUGAUGUUUAUGAUACGAAAGGUGUUUGUUUAAGUGAUAGACUGGUUGCAUUGUGUCCAAAUCUGUAUAGGUUGGUAAACAUGCCAAAAAUUGUUACUAAAAAUGAAAAUAUUGAAGUUACCAAUGAAAUUGUCCAAAACUAUUCAGAGUCACAGUCAAAAGAAAGUGAUGAAUCUUGUGAAAUCAUUCCCUCAGAUUUUAUGUCAGAUGUAGAACAAAUCAGAAAAUUAGAAGAGAAUAUGGAGGAGAUGCCCAUUGAUCCAACCGAUGAAGAAACAAGUGAGGAAGAAGAAAUAGAAAAAGACUCUUCAGAACAAGAAGAUGCAGAAGAUUCUGAACAGGUGGAAGAGAAUGCUAUUCUUGAAUCUGAAGGAGAGGAAGAACAUGGCGACUUGAUUGCAGAUGAAGUUGUUCCGAAGCGCUUUAAUUAUGCAGAAUUGACAAAAGCUACUAUGGAAAGGGAUAUAAUUUCUGUUUACGAUUAUAAAACGAUAUCCUUUUAUCAUCCUGAUGAAAACUCCACAGAAACAGAAUUUGAAACUUUAACCAAAUCGAUCAGAGAUAACAUUGAAGAUGUGGAACCUUUGAGUAAGGCAGAAAUUGGACAGCCUUGUUUGUGUUUGUUUGAAGAGGAUAACCAAUGGUAUAGGGCAAAAAUUACUCGAGUAGAUGCACUAGAAUGUGGAUAUGUUUCAGUGAUCUAUGUUGAUUAUGGUAAUUUUGAAGUUGUUAAGUUUUCUAAUCUCAAAACCAUAAAAUCAGAAUGGCUAGAAUUCCCGGUGAGAUUUGUUGAUGCUAUAAUUGAUUACAAAUUAUUACAGACUGAUCAAGAAAAUGUGUUGUUGAAGCAUAUUCAGUCAUUAGCUGGAAAAACUAAAUACAUUGAAAUCAUUUAUGAUGAUCCAGUUAUUAUUCAUGUUUAUAAUGAGAAUGAUGAUACUUUCCAGCUUUAUUAUGAUGCAUUCAUAAAGAAUGGUAUAGUUCAAAUUUAAAAUUCUAUGUAGUUAGUUAAUUGUCUUUUUAGUGUGUCUCACUCUGAAAUUGUUGUUUAAGUUUUUUUUAUUAUUUGAAUCGAUGUUCCUUCCUAGAAUAAAUAUAGAAUAAAUUCUUCCGUAUCAA